AGACCUUUGUUGGUAUAUAAAAAGACUUCAAUUUACUUUUGCUAAUAGUUGUCGGCAACAAUUUCACAUUUAAUAAUGAAGUUCUUUUAUGUUUUGCUUGUCAUAUUCGCUGCACUUGUCAGCUGUAGUUUAGUGCAGGGCUAUGGUGGUUAUGGUGGUGGAUAUGGUGGAGGAUAUGGUGGAGGUUACGGUGGAGGAUAUGGUGGAGGAUACGGUGGAGGAUAUGGUGGAGGAUAUGGUGGAGGAUACGGUGGAGGAUAUGGUAGAUAUGGUGGAGGAUAUGGUAGACAUGGUGGAGGUUAUGGAGGAUAUGGUGGAGGAGGACGUGGAGGAUAUCGUGGUGGAUUCAUUGGAAUUAUUGGUUUCGGAAAAGGUGGAUAUUAUUAAAAAUCAUGAAAUAAAAAAUAAGGAUAUUUUCGCUAAACAGAAUAUCAUCAAAACAAAGUAUAAUAUUCACUACUAUAAAAAUACUCUUAAACUUUUACUAAUAAGUUAUUAAUAGUAAUAUAGUAUGUGUAUUUUUAUUAUAUUCAAAUUAUACAAUAAAUAUUUUAACUUGAA